CCAUUUCUUUCUUUCUUUUUGAAUAACGACAAUAUUUUUGCUCUUCUUUGCACCCAUUUUUCAUGUAAUUUUUUACUCUUUUUUAACCAGUUUUCUAGUUCCUUCAAUUGUUUGGAUGUGCAUCUAUUGAUUACUGAUUAAUUUUACCGAUUUCAAUGUUUCUAUUACAGUGUUGCUGUUGAUUUUGUGUUUGUUUUCAACCAACAAAUAUCGUAACUUCAAAGUGAAACAAUUUCAACGGAUUAUUAACUGGAUUACAUGUGUCUUUGUUGAUCCAUCAAAUUGGUGUUUUACAUUUUGUUGAUCAACUCUUCUCUUUGAUAUUUGUCGAGCAGUUUAAUUAGUUGGAUUUAAACAUGGUUUUAUCGGUUUGGCAAAAAUCGUCUUCUUCUCAAUCGUUGCAACUGGAUUGUUGCUUUUAUUAUUGAUACACUUCAAAUUAUCAUCACAAUUAUUCAUCGCAAAACAUAGGUCAACUUUGAUACACAAUGUUAUCAAAUAGAUACAUUGGUUUGUUUAAUAAACAAUUUUUAAUUGUUACAAUUUGUCUUUACCUUGUGCUUGUCAACACUCUCAUUCAACCAAUCAACUGUCAAUCCGAUCAAGACAAAUUGCUCGUCCAAAGGGUAAAGACGACGGUAAAUACGAUCUCAUUGCAAUGGUUAGCUCCUAAAAAAAUUGCCAUCACUAGUGGCCUUAGGCCACCGCAAAUGAUGGUCUAUCAUUAUUUACUAGCAAAUGGUUCUGAACCACUCAACAGUCAUAACAUACCAUGGAGCUCCAAAGGAGUUAAGAUUGGUUUGUCGUCCGAUCAAUCAACGGGCUCAGCUAUAAAUACUUGGUAA